UUCUUAGACCGCGGCUGAUGUGUCUGCUUCUGGUGACAUCGGAAUCUGGGGCAUAUAGAAACGUGUCGUUCGUAGAUCGUCGUUUCAAUAUGCUGUUUCUUGCAACUGCGCCACAGGCUAACGCUCUGGCUACAGUCUACGAAACUAUUCCCAGGGAGGUUGGUCUAGCAUAUCAAGCUCUGCAUGCAGGUCUAGAUGUGCCGUCUUCGUUCAAGAAACUGUUUUUCAGAACAAAGUCACACCGCAAGUCGCUGCGCAUUGUCGGGAUACAUUGCGCAUGGAAUCGGACCGGUGGUCAGCGUCAUGACUUUGUGGCUUUGGGCGCUCUGCCGGCAGAUGGGAAUAGCGAACCGAGGAGAUCACAACUGUCAGGUCGAUUUAAGUGCAUUCCUCAAUGUUUGGCCCCUCUUCAGCCCAUCUCCAAAUGUUUCACGUUUCAAAGUCGCUAGUGAAAAUUUGGACUCUCCUCUUAGCGUAUCAUACAAAGUUGACGGAAGACGUUGGCCCGGGGCUCGCUGGGAAAAGUUGAGGACGAAAGCGAGCGGAGUACGCUCCGGCUCGACUGUAACGCACCGCCAUCCCGUUCCGGCACCUCUGCCAACGGACGUUGGUACAAUGAACUGCGUGCGUAUCGAACCUAGGCACAGCCUGACGAGGCGGUCUUUUGGGGAGAUCGUAGAUGGAGCCUACAGUAGAGGCCAUAUGAUGUAAGUAAUGCGCAAAAUAUGCAAUAGUACGGACCCGUUGAAAAAGUACUAGAACCUAGCUCUCGUAAUCAAAUGUGCCUUGCUGUGAAUCAGAGUGGCGCUCAGGUUGAAA